GGCCGCGUCUCUGUCUUGCUCAUUUCGUCCCCGCGUCGGCCGCCCCGCUGUCUCCCGCCACCGCCCACCUUCCCGCCCGCUCGCUCGCCUUCGCGCCGCCGACCACCGCCGCCGAGAUGGGCUCCCUCGGCGGCUACGUCUCCCCCUACGGCGUCUAUCUCGACCAGCAGCGCGUCUUCUUGCUCGUCAUCAACCGCCGGCCGCGGGACCUCUUCGACUACUUGCACUCCAUCCCCGGAGCGCCCGCGGACCUGCGAUGCCGCCUCGUCGGCUUCGCCGAGAGGGCUCUCCUGGCGCCGCGGCUGGGAAACUGGUGGCCUGACGAGAGCUCGUGGACCCUGUAUUGGGCGAUGUACGCGUGGGCUCACGCAGACGCAAUGCUUAACAGAUUUGUUACUGGUGGAAUGAACGGUUUGGUUUAGUAUGAUGGUGCACAGAAUUGUUGCUAUUGGAGUCAGUUACCUUUUCAUGCUUAAGCACUCAGUUAAUUGUCUGCUGUACAGAAUUUGCAUGCUGUUGGAACAGAUGGUUUGGUUUAGAGUUUUCGUAUAGCGCGAAGAAGAUCAAUCUUAACUGGAAUGAAUCAGUCUGUUAAGUUUUAUCCAAUGCUGUUCUUGGCCCAAACGAUUUGGUUCAGUCCUGUAAGAGAGCACCGUUUUAUGUCUUGUUCUUUUCCUGGAAGCUCCUAUGCUGGCAAGGCGCGCAUCACAUUGUGAAAUGAUAUUGGUCAAGUGGAAGAAAAUGAAGUAUCAAGCUCUGAUCCUCACUGCUUAGAUUUUCUAGAGAGGAUCAAAAGUUUUAUUUUCAGAACUGUUGCUUAUUUGGUGAAACCUUGGACAGAAGACCCCAGUCCCAAGCUUUGUUGACAGUUUAGCAGUGGGGAAGUGCGGCAAUGGUUUGCUUGGUUGAAAGGAUAUGGACAGUACAGGAUUAACGAAAAAAUUGCUUUGAGAAAACACACACACAAAAAAGGGUAGUAACAAGAGUUUGUUGGCCUGAUAUUUUCUGGUAGCAGUGUUUAUCUUCCUGGUUGGUGUUGUUUUUUCUAAACCAGCUUAUAGGCAGGAUUACUAUUUUUCUCCCGAAGGAAUUAUAAUAAUGCCAACUUAAUACCCAUGGUGUUUCUGCCUUUCAGUUUAAUAGAACCAUAUUCUAUCUUAGGAUUCAGUUUUUUUGUCUGUUACAGUUAGUAUUUCAACCUGACAACAAGCAUCAUCAAGACGAAGGCUUGAUAAAUAUUUGUUCCUAUGUUGCCAUUUGGUAGGAAUUUAAGCAGUACUGUAGUUAAUAAUAGAAAAGCUGUAGGAAGCAGGAGGGAGCAUGACUAUCCCUGACCCAUUCAUCACUUGUAUUUGACAGAAAAGCAGUUUGAUCUAACUGAAUAUGGCAUUAUGUGAGCUCAGCCCUGCACAUGAGCUAUCUAAUUUUUGCUGUUGUUUGCAGACUUUGUGCGCCUCAGAUAUCUGGUAAUCCAUCCAAUUUCGAUGCAGCACUAGCAUUUGCGAACCUAUCCCUGGGCCAACCGGGAUCCCAGCAAAUGGCUCCACAGGAGCUGAUGCAGAACAACUAUGGUACACCUGCAAUGAGAGUACCAUCUCUGCACCAACCUGGACCAGCGCAACUCACUCCACAGGGGCUGAUGCAGAACAGAGAAGUGCUGCCCACAGUAGAUAUCAAAGGAAAGGGACCUGCAUUAGGAGUAGGCCAGCAAGAACUGCGGGUCCAUGUCGCUUGUUUGAUGGCAGAUGACGGCACUACAGGUGCUGCGGGAUUGUUGAUCAAGAGGGAAACGUGGCAGUUCAUCUGCGCGUUAUGUUUUCCGAUGCGGAGCACGGAGGAGACGGUUCUUUUUGCAGCUGCUUGUUGUGAAGGGAUCAAAGUUGCUCUGGCCUAUCAACCUACUAGCAUUGUGCUGGAGUCCCAUCUAUUCCAUCUGGUCGACCUGCUACUUGGCGGCGCUCAAGCUCCCUGCCGAGAUAUGGAAGAGUUGACGGCAUUACUGCAGCUCUCACGUUGCAGAGUGCAGCACAUCACGGAAGAUUCCAAUGGCGCUGCUCGUCGACUGGCCAUGCAUUGUUUGCUGAGAGAGGAGGCCGAGAUAUACUUCAGUGCUCCUGAUUGGCUUGUCCUUACUUAGCUGGUUGCCAAGGUCAGUCAUGUUAGUUACUCUGGUAUAGAGAAUGAUUCGCAAACUACUGUAUAGGAAGUUAGAAAGAGACGGUGAAUGCUGUAGAUGGCAACUGCAGGCUUGAUAGAGUUUAGAUGCAGAGGUUUGCGAGCGUUCAGCAAGUGUAGAUACAGCUGAAUAGCAUUCUUUUAGUGCCCGUGUGGGGAAAAACACAGGUAGCUGUGCCCGCAAUGGUACACUUUUGUUAUGAAUUGUGUGGCUACUAUCUUGUCGAUGAACUGUGUAACUGCUACGUAGUUCUGAGCGCUGUGAUGUAAACUUGUGUAAGAGUAGGGCCACUGGGCCAGGCACUGAUAACUGAUUCGUGUAUGAGAUGGAAGAAAGUA